UUUCUUGUCAAAGAUAUUAAAACCCAAAAUAUCUAAUCAGUAUUGGAGGUGAGAAGAGUUAUUUUCUCGGAUGAGUACUUGCGCAUUAGCCUCACUUUCAUUUGGACUUCUCUCCUUUUGCUGAAAGUCUCUUUCAGGAAAGAUGAGGUUUUUUAAUUACAAUAGAGACCAAAAUGAAACCUGAAACAAUACAUCAAAUUCAUUUCCUGUUAAACAAGUCUUAAGGUUUAAAGCUUAAACUACAGUUUACAGCAUGAUGAUAAAUUCUUAAUUUGAGUUUUAAGUACUCUGUAAUGUUUUUACUUUUGUAGUAGAUUUAUAUUUUUGUAAAUGUACAUAAAUAUUUUGUCAUGAAGAUUUAGCUAAUAAAUAAUUUAUCAAAGCAUUUUGUCCAACUGAAUUAAAAACACUUCACACCACUUAUACUUAUUCCAGCACAAAAAAUUAAAGGAAUGCACAAACAUUUUCAGCCACUUUAACAGGCUUUCAUCAGAAUAAGACUGAACUCCUAAAUUGAAGACUUUCUACAAAUUCCAUGGGUAUGAUAUGAAGAAAGACAUAUUCCAUAAAAUUGUUGGAUUUUAUCAUGAUAUUCCUAGCUAUUUCAUUUAUAUGUGUGGGAUCAAUAAUAACAAUAGUACUCCAGUUCUACCUCAUCUACAAAUUCUUCCUGAGAUUGCCUAUAUGUGAUUCACCAUCUGUGCCUGAAGUUGUACCUUGCCAAUUACCAGAAGAACUAUUGAAAUAUGUUGAAGGUGGUGAUUGGAAAAAUAAAAAAGAAAGCUGCCUUGCUUUAAACUUAGUGUUUCAAUUUUUAUUCAGAGAAUGGAAAGAUACUAAAGUGAUGAGAAGAUGGUUUCUGAAGAAAAUUAGCCGAGAGUUUCUGGAUUUACAAAGAACAACUACAGGAAAACUAUUGGAACGAAUAGCAAUUCGUGAUUUGCAAUUAGGAAACAAUUUGCCUAUAAUUAAAAGUGUUACAAUAAAUGAUAUUUCAUUACAUAAAGAAAGAAAAACAAUUGAGGAACUUGAUAUGGCAGUUGUUAUAGAAUAUGAUGGAGGUUUUCAGUUAUCAGUGGAUGCUGAUAUGGUAUUAGGUCGCACAGCAUUUCUCUCUGUUUGUAUUACUAAAUUGAAGGGAAAAGCAAGACUUCAACUUACGAGAUAUCCUUUCACCCACUGGUCUAUAUCAUUUUAUAAUAUCAGACGAACAUUAAGGAAAAAACAUACUCUUCCACAUUAUAAAAUGAGAUUUCGUCCUUUCUUUCCGCUUCCAGAACCUCCUGUCUAUCCAGUAAUUCAACAAACUAAUGAUGAAUUAGUGAAUGAAGGAACUUUAGAAAUUGGUGUAAUUGGAUGUACAAGAUUACUUAAAACAGAUUCUUCAUGCCAAGUAUACUGUACAUUGGCUUUAGAUUCUUCAGCAUGGGUUGAUUUAGUACAGUCUCAAGGUAAAUCUUGGAUACUUUUAGAUGUUGAAAUGUGUGUGAAACAUAAUCAACAAUUAGGAAUGUUAUUUAAACAGGAAUUUAUUGUUGGAAAAUAUGACUAUUGUAUUGUUGUAGAAAGUGUCAUACCAAAUUCACCUGCAGCUGUAGCUGGUAUUAAAAAAAAUGAUAUUAUAAUAUCUAUUGGAGGGACAAAAGUUUGUGAUGNCACAGGAGUAUUGUGUUUGGCGAUGAAAGCCUGA